CAGUUAUUGCUUUUAGAAGGCUGCGCACAGCCGCGCUCCGCUGCCAGCGACAGCGAGUCAAGCCGGGGGAGAAUCUGAGAGGCUGAGUGGCCGGGGAACCGGGAUCAGGGAAAAGAGAGGGAAGGCAGGAAGGAAAGGUAGAGGCAGGAGUUAAGAGCAGGCAUGGCAGCUUCGGCAGGGUAUGCAAAGAAAAGCGCGCAGUGUGACCAGCUGUAAUCGAGAAACAUGCCCGAUCCGUCCUGUGCACUCUCACUCCACUAGUGUUGGCACGACGUCAGCUCUCCGUGCGGCAGUGCAGCAGGAGGAGCUCGGACUGGAUCAGCACCCUCUCAUCCUCUAUCUCUGUCUUUUUCUUUCAGUAAAUGGAUCUGUUGAAGCCCUGCCCUGCCUGACAUGGAUGCCCUGCCACUACCCCCACCAUCAUCUUCCUCAGCUGAGUCCGAGGGCUGUUUCUUCUUGGCGCAGUGAGCUGGACACGCACUGAUCCUUUUUUCUCUUUUUUUCCGCCAAAUGGAUCUAAGCCGUUGUUCAACCCAGUGAAGAUCAUGCCUUGAUCUAGCUCUAGUCCGAAUAAAUGUUAAAGGGGUGACAGAGAUAAAGUCGGGGGAAUUUACCGAUUCGGGGAUUGAAAAACCCUGUGCAGCACACAAACACCAUGAAGAUUACCUCCUUCCUGAUAUUUAAAGCGGGAUUCAGGCGCACCAUGAGGCUUCUGCUGCUGCUGUUACACUGUGUGGGCUGCGCUCAUGGGAUGCCACACGUCUUGAGAUUUGGAGGGAUAUUUGAGUCCAUUGAAAGUGGUCCUUCUGGUGCUGAGGAGCUGGCCUUCAAAUUUGCUUUAAAUACAAUCAACAGGAACAGAACCUUACUGCCAAACACUACUCUGACCUAUGACAUCCAAAGGAUAAACAUCUAUGACAGCUUUGAAGCCUCCAGGAAAGCUUGUGACCAGCUUUCUCUUGGUGUGGCAGCCAUCUUUGGUCCCUCUCACAGUUCCUCUGCCAAUGCAGUCCAGUCCAUUUGCAAUGCUCUGGGUGUCCCACACAUUCAGACCAAGUGGAAGCACCAAGUAUCAGACAACCGAGAUGUUUUCUAUGUAAGCCUGUUUCCGGACUUCUCCUCCGUCAGCCGGGCUAUUCUGGAUCUAGUCCACUUCUUCAAAUGGAAGACAGUCACUGUGGUUUAUGAUGACAGUACUGGCCUCAUUCGGUUGCAAGAGCUAAUAAAAGCACCAUCACGUUACAACAUCCGCUUAAAGAUCCGGCAGCUGCCUGCAGAGACCAAGGAUGCCAAGCCUCUUUUAAAGGAGAUGAAACGAGGAAAAGAGUUUCAUAUCAUCUUCGACUGUGGCCAUGAAAUGGCUGCUGGGAUCCUGAAGCAGGCUCUUGCUAUGGGAAUGAUGACGGAGUAUUAUCACUACAUCUUCACCACAUUGGAUCUGUUGGCACUGGAUGUGGAGCCUUACCGAUACAGUGGUGUGAAUAUGACAGGGUUUAGGAUCCUUAACACUGAGAACAGCCAAGUUGCCUCAAUCAUUGAGAAAUGGUCAAUGGAGAGACUGCAGGCUCCACCCAAACCUGACUCUGGUCUACUCGAUGGCUUCAUGACUACGGACGCCGCACUGAUGUACGAUGCUGUGCACGUGGUGGCCGUGGCCGUGCAGCAAUCUCAACAGAUCACUGUCAGCUCACUGCAGUGCAACCGACACAAGCCCUGGCGCUUCGGGAACCGCUUCAUGGCCCUCAUCAAAGAGGCUCACUGGGAUGGCUUAACAGGAAGAAUCUCUUUUAACAGGACCAACGGCCUGAGAACAGACUUCGACCUCGAUGUUAUUAGUCUCAAAGAAGAGGGACUUGAGAAGAUUGGUACCUGGGAUCCCGCAAGUGGCCUAAAUAUGACCGACAACCAGAAGGGAAAGACAACUAAUGUCUCAGAUUCAUUGUCCAACCGAUCCCUUAUUGUCUCCACCAUACUGGAGGAGCCAUAUGUGAUGUUCAAGAAAUCUGACACCCCACUGUAUGGGAACGAUCGCUUUGAAGGCUACUGCAUUGACCUCCUGAGAGAGCUGGCAAACAUCCUGGGCUUUAUAUAUGAGAUUCGUCUGGUGGAAGAUGGAAAAUAUGGUGCACAGGAUGAGAACACCGGCCAGUGGAAUGGCAUGGUUAAAGAGCUGAUGGACCACAAAGCUGACCUGGCAGUGGCUCCCCUCGCCAUCACAUACGUGCGUGAGAAGGUUAUCGACUUUUCGAAGCCCUUCAUGACGUUGGGUAUAAGUAUACUGUACCGCAAGCCCAACGGCACCAACCCGGGGGUCUUCUCCUUCCUCAACCCUCUCUCACCUGAUAUCUGGAUGUAUAUUCUGCUGGCUUACUUGGGUGUCAGUUGUGUGCUGUUUGUCAUAGCCAGGUUUAGUCCCUACGAGUGGUAUAACCCUCAUCCGUGCAACCCUGACUCUGAUGUAGUGGAAAACAAUUUCACCCUGCUUAAUAGUUUCUGGUUCGGAGUUGGAGCUCUCAUGCAACAAGGCUCUGAGCUCAUGCCGAAAGCCCUCUCUACCAGAAUUGUAGGAGGAAUCUGGUGGUUUUUUACUCUCAUCAUCAUCUCCUCCUACACGGCAAACUUGGCAGCUUUCCUUACUGUGGAGAGGAUGGAAUCGCCCAUUGACUCUGCUGACGAUCUGGCCAAGCAAACAAAGAUUGAAUAUGGAGUGGUAGAAGAUGGCGCCACAAUGAUUUUUUUUAAGAAAACAAAGAUCUCUACAUAUGAUAAGAUGUGGGAGUUUAUGAGCAGUCGGAGGCACUCAGUGAUGGUGAAGAAUAUUGAGGAAGGCAUUCACCGUGUGCUCACCUCUGACUACGCAUUCCUCAUGGAGUCUACAACCAUCGAGUUUGUAACACAGCGCAACUGCAACCUCACACAGAUUGGAGGCCUUAUUGACUCCAAAGCCUAUGGAGUUGGAACACCAAUGGGCUCUCCAUACAGAGAUAGGAUCACUAUUGCCAUCCUGCAGCUUCAGGAGGAAGGGAAGCUGCAUAUGAUGAAAGAGAAAUGGUGGAGAGGAAAUGGCUGCCCAGAGGAGGAGAGUAAGGAGGCCAGUGCCCUUGGUGUUCAAAACAUCGGUGGGAUCUUCAUUGUCCUGGCAGCUGGACUUGUUCUCUCCGUGUUUGUGGCUGUAGGAGAAAUUCUGUACAAGUCUAAACAGAAUGCACAACUGGAAAAGGCCCAAUGGCGACAACGAGAUAAGAAACAGGUCAUUCUGCAGCGCUAUGGUGGACGAACUGCGGGUUUCCCUCAAGUGUCAGCAGCGGCUCAAACACAAGCCCCAGCCACCUGUCCUGAUGAAAACAGAGGAGCUCAUCAACAUGCACACCUUCAACGACCGAAGACUGCCAGGGAAAGAGACCAUGGCCUAAAGCAGGAAUCUCUGUCAUUUUCUCACCCACUCUCAUGUGCCGAGUUGUUGUGUGAAGACACUUGGGAAAAGGGUAUGGGUAAAUGGUAGAGGAUAACAAUAAGUUGCCAUGGUUGAAAGUUGGGUUAUAGAGCAGGACUGCUUUGCAAUAGGUUAAAAUAUCAUUCCUCUAUCUUUCUAAUUAGCUACAGAUAAGAGAUUCAACAAUAUUUCCUGUGGAAAUAACUUCAACCCGGGUGAAAUUUCUGCAAGUUACCUCAUCACUCUUACAACACUGGCAACCAACUAGAGAGGCCAGGAUUUUUAAAACCCUUGAGUUGAAAAAUAAAAGGUCUUGGAACCAAUAUAAAGUGGAGAGGAUGUGAAAUCACACCUUUGAUCUUGCUCCGCAGUCACUACAAAAGCUGAAUGUGCACCUCACAUAUUGUGAAUGAAUGAGAGGAAACGUUUCUAAAAGAUGUUUUUUUGUUUUUACUGUAUAGCUAAAUUAGAACUAACUCUGGCUGAAAUGAUGAGCAGUUCUUUCAAAAUGUACAAAUGAGCACUGUUGGUCACAUGAUUUUGACUGACAUCAAAAUGGACAAAUUGCAAAACAUCAGGCAAUAAUGAAAAUGAAAUGUUUUUGUUUUAGUCUUUAAUAGGGGGAUUUUAUAAAACUAUAUGAUGAAUUAUAAGUAGAACAUGCAAAUCUAGGGGAAAUAUAUAGUGAAUUGUUGAUGUACAUACAGGGGUUGGACAAUGAAACUGAAACACCUGGUUUUAGACCACAGUAAUGUAUUAGUAUGGUGUAGGGCCUCGUUUUGCGGCCAAUACAGUGUCAAUUUGUCUUGGGAAUGACAUA